GUCGUCUGUUUCUGUUGGUGGGGGAGUGAGAGACGUGGAGGCUGUGAUUAGCGGGCUGAGCCCGUGAGUGAACCUAUGGCAGAGAGACAGCACAGUGCAGGUUCAUAUGUAUGACUCUACCAUGGACCACAUCAUCUACUGCCUGCUGGUCCUGGGAGCCACAGUGAUGAUCACCCAUGCAUGCCCCAAGUACUGCGUAUGCCAGAAUCUGUCAGAGUCCCUGGGGACAUUGUGUCCUUCUAAAGGACUUCUUUUCGUGCCUCCAGAUAUUGACCGCAGCACAGUGGAGCUCCGGCUGGGAGGCAACUACAUCCUCCGCAUCACACAGCAAGACUUUGCCAAUAUGACAGACCUGGUGGACCUGACCCUCUCCAGGAACACCAUCAGCUACAUCCAGCCCUUCUCCUUUGGUGACCUGGAAACGCUGCGAUCACUUCAUUUGGACAACAACCGCUUAAUGGAGCUGGGCCCUGAUGAUUUGCGAGGCUUGGUCAACCUGCAGCACCUCAUAGUUAACAACAACCAACUGGGACGCAUCCAUGACAAGGCCUUUGAGGACCUGGCACCUGCCUUGGAGGAUCUGGAUCUUUCUUACAACAACCUUAUGUCUCUGCCCUGGGACUCAGUACGCCAGAUGAUUAACCUGCACCAGCUUAGUUUGGACCACAACCUAUUAGACUUUAUUCCAGAGGGCACCUUCACGGAUCUGGAAAGGCUGGCAAGACUGGACCUGACGUCAAACCGUUUGCAGAAGCUACCCCCAGACCCCAUCUUUGCCCGUGCCCAAGACUCAGAGUUACUGACUACACCCUAUGCUCCCCAGCUGUCCCUUAGUCUUGGUGGGAACCCUCUGCACUGCAACUGUGAGAUGCUGUGGCUGCGGAGACUUGAGAGAGAUGAUGACCUAGAGACUUGUGCCUCUCCUCCUGCCCUAAAGGGUCGUUAUUUUUGGAAUGUAAAGGAGGAGGAGUUUGUGUGUCACCCACCUCUCAUUACCCAGCACACCCACAGGAUGCUGGUUUUGGAGGGCCAGACAGCCAGCCUAAGGUGUGAAGCAACUGGAGACCCUUCCCCCACUAUCCAUUGGAUCUCCCCUGAUGAUCGACUGCUUGGCAACUCCUCCCGAACUGCAGUGUACAACAAUGGAACCCUGAGCAUCACCAUCACCACUUCCAAGGAUUACGGCACGUUCACCUGCAUUGCCGCUAAUGUGGCAGGGGAGUCCACUGCACCUGUGGAGGUGUCCAUUGUCCAGCUUCCCCACCUCAGCAAUGGGACUGGGCAACCAGCACAGCCUAAGUCACGUCUCUCUGACAUCACAGGUACCACCAGGAUCAGCAAAGGGGCUCCCAAGAGCCAACCAGAAAGAGCUGUGUCAGUCUCUGAAGUGACAUCUGUUUCAGCAUUGGUCAAGUGGACAGUGAGCAAGUCGGCUCCCAAGGUGAAGAUGUACCAGCUCCAGUAUAACUGCUCUGAUGAUGAAGUUCUGAUCUACAGGAUGAUCCCAGCCUCCAGCAAAGCCUUCUUGGUGACAAAUUUGGUGUCUGGGACUCGCUACGAUCUGUGUGUGCUGGCCGCCUGGGAUGACACUGCCACCACACUCACAGCCACCAACGUCGUGGGCUGCACACAUUUCUUCACCCAGGAUGACUACCCUCAGUGCCAGUCUCUGCCCAGCCAGCUGCUGGGAGGCACCAUGAUUCUGGUGGUUGGGGGCAUCAUUGUGGCCACCCUGCUCGUCUUCAUCGUCAUCCUUAUGGUACGCUACAAAGCUGCAGAUACUGAACCCCCAGUUGGGAAACUCACCAGUGUCAGCGACACACACUCUCAAACCAACGGGGGUCGCCUCGGGCAAAAUGGACUUUUUAUAUCCCAGCCUCAGCCUCAGCCUCAGCCUCAGCCUCAGACGAAAGUCAAAGCCAAAGUGACUCUGCAGGAUGAGGUUGUAGAGUUCAAGUGUGGCUCCCUCCAGAGCAGCCUCACCUCUUCCUCCUCUUCCUCAGGCUCCAUGGCCGGGGGCUCAUACAGCCCCAACACCACACUUGCCAACAUUUGGAGGUCAGCUCCCUCCAAGCCCCGGUCUAACCUGGACCACCUCCUUGGGGCCUUCACCUCACUUGAGCUGCGGGGGGCACAAGGCCAUGAUCCAGGACCCUCCAGUAGUGCUUCAAUGACAACAGCAAAUCCACACACAGACAGGGAGCCACUGCUGGGCCGGACGCUGGACUCCAGCCUCAGCCGGCUCCUCAUGCUACCUCUGGACUCCAAACUUAAAAGGAGCCAGUCCUUUGACAUGGGAGAUGUAACAGGCGCUGGCGCCACUCAAUUGUGCAACAAACCACGCAGGAUCAGCAGUAUCUGGACUAAGAGGAGCCUGUCUGUAAACGGCAUGCUGCUGCAGUGUGAGGAGGAGGGGGACACUGGAGGGAGCAAGGGAACGAUAGACAGUGCUGACUGGGUGAUGGAGAGUACUGUCUAGAAAGAUGGAGCACCGUCAAACACUGCCCAUAUGGAUGUCCAAUAACCAUGCCAAGACAGACCUGCUGGUCUAAUAGCCUUUGUCCUGCAUGAAGCACACCCUAUUUCCUCUCCACCACUCAGACUCAUGUGAGACAGGAUGAGAGGUUUUCACAGUCAUAGCCAAAUACAAAUGUUUAGAAUAAGACCUCUGGAUUGUUUUACCUCACACUUUGUAUAAAGAUGGAAUAAAAUAGCUGACGGGAAAUGACGGAGCAAAGCUGUCCAUCACAGAAACGUGUGGUAAUGCCCAUGGACUGUUAUUACACUGUAUACAUUUAAAAUAUGUAAUGAAAUUAAAGUUUUAUAUUUUUAUUUUGCUGGUCAAACAUAAGUGAUCCAUUACAGCUCUCUGCAAGGUGUGACCAGUGGUUACCACAUAAAAUCUUCUACUGUAAAUUCACCUUCUUUACAGUUACCUACCGAUGCAGUUAACCAUUUCUGACUGAAUGGUGCAGUAUAUAUAUGUAGAUGUGAUUCUUUGAUUUGUUAAGAUUUAAGAAAAAAGAUUUAUUCACAAA